CAAAAAAGAAACGGGGACGUGGCACAAUUCCCCGUGCGCAAAAACGCACCACAAAACUGCGUCUCCCUUCCCUUCCCAAUCUUUCUCGCAGAUCGAUUCCCGUCGACGGCCAUCUCUGCCGUGUAUCCACCGGACUUGGCUACCUCCGCCGUAUCUGUCGCCUCGCGCCUCCAUCGUCUCCGAAUCUAUCUUGUCGAUCACCUCGUUUUGAUCCCGCGGAACCCUAGCCUUUGUGGAGUGUAAGAUAGGCUGUUAUGACAGCCUAACUUAACGGCCCGGAGGUUGUAUAAGGCAGAGAGUUCCACAAGCCCUUUAUAAGACAAAUAGUUGUAUGUACCAUUAUGGGGUCAGUUUGCUGUGUAGCUGCGAGGGAUAGUAAUCUUCCCAGUGUACCCGGUGGUGGAUCCCUCUAUCGAAAUUCAGUGUGCUCCCCACCUUGGAGUUUUCGACGGGACAACAGGAGGCGUGUGGCUGAUGAGAUCGAGGGUUCAUCUUCUCACAACUCAUAUGUCGGGAGCAGGGGCAUUAGCAUGGAUAAAGUAUUGCUAGGUUCUGAACGGGGAGCUUUAUCUGAAGGAGAUAGUCCUCCAGGUCAUCUCGGGACUCCUGCCUCACACAAGUUAGCACCUCAUACAGAACUGGACGCAAAUAUUAUCAUUCCGCUGCCGUCAGAGGUAUCUUUGACAAAUCAUGGUCCUACUGAGGUUAAGAGUUUAACUGAUUCACCAGACAUUGUCUCAUCUACUCUACGAAAACCCUCUUUAUCAGCAUCUUUGCUGUCCGCUCCAGUCUGUGAUCUUUCAUUGGCUCACUCACGUUUGCUUCCUCCCAAAACAACUCCAUCCACACGGGCACGACGAUCACCUGGGCAUCAGUUAUUUAGGCAGGUUUCGGAUAGUCAAAUUCUGGGAUUCAAAUCCCCAAAUAAUUACUCAACUUCUGAAGGAAGGUCAUCCUUUGUACUUUCAACCUGCAGCAAUGAUUUUGUGACUGGAUCCCAGUAUGCUUCUUCUGACGGUGGCUGGUCUAUGAACGCCUUUUCUGAGCUCGUGGCAUCUUCACAAAGAGAGAGAUGGUCCUUUGAUAGUGAACACUUGGACUCUGGCCAAAGGAAAUUAAGCGGGUAUAGCAGCAGAUUUUCGUACUCUCCUGUCGAUCAUCAGACCUGUGGGGCUUGCUCAAAGCUACUAACCGAGAGGUCAUAUAUUGCCAACUAUGAACUUCCGAUUGCUGCUGUUCUUGCAUGUGGGCAUGUUUAUCAUGCGGAGUGCUUAGAGACGAUGACAACUGAGACUGAAAAGUACGAUCCGAUCUGCCCUAUUUGCACAAUCGGAGAGGAAAGGGUUGCUAAAAUGUCAAGAAAAGCCCUAAAGAGACAGACAGAAUUGAAGGCAAAGCACUACAAACGGUACAAAAACUUUGAUGCAGAUAGCUAUGAUGGCGAAUGUGAUAAUUUUGUGUACGAGAAGACGAGAAAGCGAGAUGGAAAAGCUCUGAAGAUGGAUCCUAGUUCCAGUAGGAGAGGCUCGUCCAAAUCUUUCUUGAAACGGCAAUUUGGUUCUAUAGGCUCUAAAUUGAGUAAGCCAUUGUAUAAGGACUCUGCAUCAAAGAAGGGCUUCUGGUCUAGGCAUCGCAAAGAGUAGAAUACUUUUUCCAAUCAUCAGGGCUUUGACCCGAGGCUUCAGCCUUGAUUGGGGACGGCUGGUGACAAGAGUGAACCCUACGACGUGGAUUGAUGGUAUAGUGAACCAUAACCGGAACAGCAGUUUUUUUUAAUAUAUUAUGGUGUCUGCUUAGAUUCGGAUUGAAAGGUGGUUUCCGAGGGGGGAGGGAGGGAGCAGGAAUUUUUAGUAAAGGGAAUAUUGGUUUUAGGAAGGUUUGUAAAAGGCAGAGCUUGUCUUAAACGUUUUGUUUUUGCAUGCCCCUCCUUGUUUUCUUUUGUUUGAUUCGCUGUUUUGUAGGGAUGAAUUUACUAAUGAAAGAAACAUGGCUGAAGAA